CUUUGAUUUCUGUUCCAUAUUCAUUUGUUACUGUUUAGGUUGAAUUUUAGCUAAACUUAUGACUUUUAUAUAAAUAUAGUAUUUGUAGAACAUUGGAAGACUCAUCUUUGUGAUGCCAAAAUGAAAAAGUUGAUGAAGCACUGGGGAAACCAACCUAUGCACCAAAAAUGUCUAAAACUGGAAUGAAGAUCACUUUCUAUGAGGACAAAAAUUUUCAAGGUCGCCGCUAUGACUGUGACAGCGACUCUACAGAUUUCCAUACAUACUUAAGUCGCUGCAACUCCAUUAGAGUGGAAGGAGGCACCUGGGCUAUAUACGAAAGACCCAACUUUGCCGGUUACAUGUACAUCUUACCUCAGGGAGAGUACCCUGAAUACCAACGCUGGAUGGGCCUCAAUGACCGCCUCAGCUCCUGCAGAGCUGUGCAUCUGCCUACUGGAGUCCAGUAUAAGAUUCAGAUCUUUGAGAAAGGGGAUUUUAAUGGUCAGAUGUAUGAAACCACUGAAGAUUGCCCUUCCAUCAUGGAGCAAUUUCACAUGCGAGAGAUCCAUUCCUGUAAGGUGCUGGAGGGUGUCUGGAUUUUCUACGAGCUACCCAACUACCGUGGCAGGCAGUACCUCCUGGACAAGAAAGAGUACCGGAAGCCCAUCGAUUGGGGUGCAGCUUCCCCAGCUGUCCAGUCUUUCCGCCGCAUUGUGGAGUAAUGACAUGAAUGGAGCCACAGGCUUCUUCCUGGGGCCCAAAUGCUGGCUGGCCUUGUGGUCCAAAUAGGCAUCAUAAAUAAAACAGUUGGCAUGCAUCCCACUGCUGACUAUAACGCCUCUCCUUAAAUGCUUCUAGGGAUCAGCAAUGCAGUGCCCGUCACUGUGGGUGAUUACACAAAGCAACACAUCGUCAGAUGACCAAUCUAGAUCUUUGUGCCAAACAAAAUGAGAUUGCAUUAAAAGGUUAGAAA